AAUGGACUAUUCACCCAUUCCGGCUUGCUGUCUCACUCUCUUCAUCAGUCCUCUUCCCUUGUCGAUGCUCAUGAUCAUCCUCUUCUGAGUAGUGGCCUCCACUCCAUCCCUUCCGCUGCUUUGGCAGCCACCAGCAACAGUGAUCCUCAUUCUCGUAGUUUACCCGUCGCUCCGAUUCCACUAGGCUUCGAAGAUGGCAUCCCCGUAGAUCAUGUAACUAUUAUCAAAGGCCAACAGACUCUCGGUCUCUCCAUAUGUGGUGGCAUUGAUCAGACUCUUGUCAGCUAA